CCAGCUCCUGACAAAGGUUCUAGUUGAUUGCUGGUCUACUAGCUUUUAAAGCUAUCACCUUCUCAGAGCUCACAAGUUCCGUCGAGAUGGCAACGAAGAGAGAAGCAAACAAAACCUGCGUUCAGUCGGUGCAGGCAAAAAUCGCCAACCACUGGACGGUGUCAAGGAAACCUUGUUCACCCGAACAGUACGAUGCUGAGGAAUGGCUGUUCACCUUCUACCUUGGCAAGGACCGGUAUUACUCCUCGCAUUGCUUGCGAUUUUCGCGUUGGUACCUCUUCUUCGCCAGUUUCCUGGUUCAAUUCUGCAUCGGCUCACUGUAUUCGUGGUCCGUCUUCAACAAACCCAUCGACGAUCAUGUGUACAAUGACCCAAAAGCUGGUUAUGCUGUGAAUGCAUUCUACACUGCAGUUGGUAUCUUCGGUACGACAACGGCUAUCAUGGGUCCCUGGAUUGAGCGUAAUGGUCCACGCUAUGGUGUGGUGCUCGGCACGUCGUCGUUUCUUCUUGGACAUGCGAUUACAGCGAUUGGUGUAGCUCACAAGGCAAUCGCUGCAGUUUACGUUGGUUACGGUUUAUUCUGUGGCUUUGGUAUGGGUCUAUGCUACAUCGCUCCAGUAUCAGCACUACAGAAGUGGUUCCCCGACUACCGAGGCACAGCUGCAGGCUUUGCUGUGGCUGGAUACGGUGCUGGAGCUGUGGCGUGGGCGAAAGUCUAUCGUCCGUGUAUUGAAGCCGUCGGCGUGUCCUCAACCUUCCUGGUUGUCGGUUCGGCUAUGGCUGGCACCAUGUACCUCUGUGCUAUUGUACUGCGCACACCUCACUUGGAAUUCACAGUCGGUGGGUUAAACAUACACGGUGAAGUUGUGGACGAGCCUGAAAUGGCCACAGGCAACGCUGAACAAGUCACAUCGAAGCACCGCUACGAAUCUGCAGCAUCCGAGAAUGAAAUCGACUUUAUCAUCAGUACCAACGCUCAAGUACGAAAACUCACGUUGAUCGACGCCAUCAAAACUCCAGACUUUCUCUGCAUGUAUUUGAUGUUCUUUGCCAACCAAAUCUACGGUCUGGUGGUGCUGUCCAAGCUGUCGAACAUGUGUACGGAUAUCUUCGGUCGAACAGGCGACGAAGCUGCCGACAUUGUGUCCAUCAACGGCGUGUUCAACUGCUUUGGUCGACUCUUCUUCUCGCUGUCUUCGGAUCUCGUGGCUCGCAGCUUUAACAUCGAGCACGCCUUCGCGCGUAAGUGCGUCUUCUACACGACUCUCAUCCUCCAGGUGGUGAUUGUGGGCACCACACCGAUGCUUAUUCGCAACAACCAGUACACGGCGUUUGUCGUGGAGAUCUUUGUCUUGACAGCGAGUUACGGUGGCGGUUUUGGCACCAUCCCGGCCUUCCUGACCGAUAUGUUUGGUGCAUUCAACAUUGGAGCAAUGCACGGACUAAUCCUGACUGCGUGGUCGAUCGGUGGAGUUGUGGGUGGCAUCUCGUUUAAUAACGCGUAUAGUAGCAAGAUUGAGGCCGGGGUGUCCAUCAGUGAGGCGUACAUUUCGACAGUGAACGACAUUUUCAUCAUUAUCGUCGCUGGACUGGUGGUUCUGCUGUUUGUCCGCACGAACCCUAUGGACCGCUUCGAGUCCGGCUACCACUUCAGCAUUUUCGGACGACGAGUAAUCAGCAUUAACGGCAAGGAGGAACCUCCAAAGAAGGAUCCGCUGCUACAGAUUAUCUAAGCGUUCAAUGCGAUGCGUAGUACUUGGUGUGUUUUCGCUUAAAAACCAGAGCUUUUAUUUGAUUGUGUAGGUUGAAUUAGUGUUUAAAUCCUUACAUGCAGACAGACAGGGUCUGGAUCCAGGACUAUCCUUG